CCAAUGGCAAAUCGGAUGCAACAGAACUCUUCGAACCGAACUUUUCUGGAGUCAAAAACUCCGAGCGAUUCGCGGCUUAUGGUUAGGAAUGGGUUAGGCUUUCAAAAUCAUAAUCUAAUGCAAACCGUUGGGCGCAAUACAUCUCCGCCGCCCUCUCAGAGCCAACAGAUUCUCAACAGAAAAGUUGCGGUUGAGGGCGAGCUUAAUAGAGUGGGCACAACCACUACCACUAAUCUCUGUAGAAAAUCCACUUUUCGGGUGCGAGACUAUGCUAUUAAUAACGAAGACAAUGGUAUUGACUGCUUAGCUAACGGUACCAAUGCCUCAACCAAUGGCUUU